AGUUGACUCGCCAAACUUCGAAGUUAUUCGUGGCUAGUCCUUUGCUUGCGGAGGUAGUAGUUAUAAAUCAAAAUGAAAAAAAUAUUCGUAACUAUUGCCAGCCUGCUGGCAUUAAGUUUAGUUAAUUGUGAUGUGUACUUUGAAGAGAAAUUCCCUGAUGACUCCUGGGAAUCCAGUUGGGUAUACAGUGAACAUCCCGGAAAAGAAUUCGGCAAAUUCAAACUGACCGCUGGAAAGUUCUACAACGACCAAGAGGAAGAUAAAGGUCUUCAGACAUCAGAAGAUGCGAGGUUUUACGCCCUUUCGCGCAAGUUUGAGCCGUUCUCAAACGAAGGCAAGCCUUUGGUGGUUCAGUUUUCUGUGAAACAUGAACAGGACAUUGACUGUGGGGGUGGAUACCUCAAGGUGUUCGACUGCAAGCUCGACCAGAAAGACAUGCAUGGAGAGAGUCCCUAUGAAAUCAUGUUUGGACCCGACAUCUGCGGACCCGGAACUAAGAAGGUGCACGUGAUCUUCAGCUACAAGGGCAAGAACCACCUCAUCAAGCAGGACAUCCGUUGUAAGGACGACGUCUACACUCACAUGUACACACUCAUUGUGAAGCCCGAUAACACCUACCAGGUCCUCAUCGACAAUGAAGAGGUCCAAGCCGGCAGCCUCGAAGAACACUGGGACUUCCUCCCACCUAAGAUGAUCAAGGACCCUGAAGCUAAGAAGCCCGAGGAUUGGGAUGACCGUGCCACAAUCCCUGAUCCUGAAGACACUAAGCCAGAAGACUGGGACAAACCUGAACACAUCCCUGACCCUGAUGCCGCCAAGCCCGAGGAUUGGGAUGAUGAGAUGGACGGUGAAUGGGAACCACCCAUGAUCGACAACCCUGACUACAAGGGAACCUGGGCGCCUAAGCAGAUCUCCAACCCAGCUUACAAAGGUGCGUGGGUGCACCCCGAGAUCGACAACCCUGAAUACACUCCGGAUCCCAAUCUAUACAAGAGGGAUGAGCUUUGCGCCAUCGGUCUAGACUUGUGGCAGGUGAAGUCUGGAACAAUCUUCGAUAACAUACUUUUCACCGACGACAUAGAACUGGCCAAGGAGAGGGCCGAGGUCGUGAAGAAGACUCAGGAGGGUGAGAAGAAGAUGAAGAACGAACAGGAUGAGCUGGAGAGAGAGAAGGAUAAGGACAAGCCCGAGGAGGAGGAUGAUGAGGAUCUUGAUGAUGAGGGAUUAGCAUCACCUGUGGAGGAGCACGAUGAGUUGUGAAGUGUGAGUCAGUGUGAAUAAAGACAUUAUGUACCGCAGGGUACAGUGCAAUACCGGAGGCGUCUAGAUAGAUCCAUUAAUAAAACUAAGUGACUCGAAAUAUUCCAUUUUGUAUGUCAGUUAAUUUGUGCAGUCAUGUAUAUAAGGGAUGCGCAGUCUUAUUUAUGAGGUCACGGGGAAACCGUGGGGAAAUUGUGUGUGCUAUCAGUUUGCAUUGUGAAAUGAGUCUGAUUAAAUUAAUAUACAACCGG